AUUUGGUGCAUUGAGGAGACCCUAGGCUGUUGGCACUCUUUGGCAUUUGCCUCUCCUGGCACUUGACAUGAAGAGUUCCCCUACACCUAUGAUAGCUGGAUGCCCAGGGUGGGCAGGUCUUAUAUGCACACAGCCCCUUUCCUUUGCUUGAAGCAGACACAGCUCACAUCCAGGGAGAGGAGAUCAGAGUCAGCACAGCCACUGCUGGCUGAACAGGGGACACAUCUGCCUUGACAGCAAGCAAUGACAGCCCUGCAGGAGAUUGCUAGGUGACAGCAGAAUGUGGAGGCAUUACAGGUGAUGGCACCUGGAGAAGAGCUUCUUCACUGUGAAAGUCCCUGAACUCACCAGUCUGUGCCAGCACUCCUUCCCAGGGGGCAAAUCUUACCCAUCUCACUGGCAUCAUGGGCUCCUGGGCAUUUAAAGAGAACUUGCAGCUCCUGCUAAUGAUCUGCCUUUCCUUUCCUUCAGUCUCCUGUCACAUUGAGACCCGGGCCCACGCUGAGGAGCGACUGCUGAAGAAGCUUUUUCUUGAGUACAACAAGUGGUCCCGUCCCGUGGCCAACAUCUCCGAUGCCGUUCUAGUGCGCUUUGGCCUGUCUAUAGCCCAGCUCAUCGAUGUGGAUGAGAAAAAUCAGAUGAUGACCACGAACGUCUGGGUGAAACAGGAAUGGAACGAUUACAAGCUGCGCUGGGACCCUCUGGAAUACGAGAACGUGACCUCAAUACGGAUCCCGUCGGAGCUGAUCUGGAGGCCGGACAUUGUCCUUUACAACAAUGCUGACGGGGACUUUGCAGUGACCCACUUGACCAAAGCCCACCUCUUCGCUGACGGACGGAUAAAGUGGACACCUCCAGCCAUUUACAAAAGCUCCUGCAGCAUUGACGUCACCUUUUUCCCCUUCGACCAGCAGAACUGCACCAUGAAAUUCGGCUCGUGGACUUAUGACAGGGCCAAGAUCGAUCUGAUCAGCAUGCACAGCCACGUCGACCAACUUGACUACUGGGAGAGCGGCGAGUGGGUCAUCAUCAACGCCGUCGGCAACUACAACAUCAAGAAAUAUGAGUGUUGCACCGAAAUCUACUCGGACAUCACGUAUUCCUUUAUCAUCCGUAGACUUCCUUUGUUUUAUACCAUUAACCUCAUCAUUCCCUGCCUUCUCAUCUCCUGCUUGACCGUGUUGGUCUUCUACUUGCCCUCGGAAUGUGGAGAGAAGAUCACGCUAUGUAUAUCUGUCCUGCUUUCUCUAACCGUCUUUCUCCUCCUCAUUACCGAGAUCAUUCCAUCCACAUCUUUAGUCAUCCCGUUGAUUGGGGAAUACCUGCUCUUCACCAUGAUCUUUGUCACCCUUUCCAUCAUCAUCACGGUAUUUGUAUUGAAUGUUCACCAUCGUUCCCCUCGUACGCACACCAUGCCGGCUUGGGUGCGCAGAAUAUUUUUGGAUGUGGUGCCCAGGGUUUUGUUCAUGAAGAGGCCUGCGAAGGACAACUGCAAGAAACUGAUUGAGUCCUUGCAUGCCGGACCGCUUACUUCUCCACCUAGACUUUGGUCUGAGACCGAGAUUGAGCCGGCCUUCCCAAGUUCAUCUUCAGCCAGCCCCACCAGCCAGAGGGCAUCUCCCUCAUCUUCCUGUUGCCACCAGCUGGAGCAAACGGCCAACUCUCAAGUGAUCUGUAAGUCCCCCUCUGGGCAAUAUUCGCUGCUCUGCGAGGAAUCGACUCUGAGCAGUUGCCCUCGUCCUCCAAACCAAACUCAAUUUUUGGGAGAGCCCCAGACCAACCUGAUGCCCAAGGUUCGCUCUGUAAGCGUGCAACAGAUGUACACGCCCAAGGAAACCAACGAGGCUACAAUUCGUUGCCGCUCCAGGAGCAUACAGUACUGCUACCUUCACGAAGAUUCCUCUCAGACCAAUGGUCAGUCCAGCACUUCACCACAAUCUCAGAGUUGCCACGUGCAAGAAGCACAGCAGGCUGCAAAUUCUCAGUGUAAAUGCAAACCCAAAAGCCAGGAGAAGUCAAGUGGCACCAGUCAAGUUACCAAAACAGUCAGUACCAAAGAGCAACAUUUGCUGCUGAUGUCUCCAUCCCUAAAGUUGGCCAUUGAGGGAGUCCAUUAUAUCGCAGACCACAUGAGAGCAGAGGAUGCCGACUUCUCUGUCAAACAGGACUGGAAGUAUGUGGCCAUGGUCAUCGAUCGGAUCUUCCUCUGGAUGUUCAUCAUAGUCUGCCUCUUGGGAACCGUUGGACUGUUCCUCCCACCCUGGUUGGCCGGCAUGAUCUAACCAUCAGGGCCUUCAAAUUGGACAGUCUCCACCACACCAGGAGGACAUUGGGUGGCGAACAGCCGAGCGGGGUGGGAAGUUGGGCGCAUGAGUGCAUGGAGAAUGCAGAGAGAACUUUAAAAGAAAAAAACACAAGAACGAGUUAAGGGAUCCCACAGAACAGAAGGGAUGAGCAGGCGUUCCGGAGCGUUGCGUCUGCAGUAUAUAAAUAUUUAAGCUCGCAUCAGAAACGCAUGAGAGAGCCCAGCGUGGCUCCAGGGGAUGGCCCCCGGGGCAGAGAGGCGUUUCAGAGACGGCUCUGGCCUCACCCAGCCAGGAAUCCUUAAAAUAUUUGUCAUGUACAGCUGACUGCGACCUAAGAGCAUUCCUCCUGGCAUCUGGGGGUUCCUGGCGGGUCUGUGAAUAAAUCUGAGGCCCUAAACAUU